CCCGGAGUCCCCGAAACUUCCGAGCGGGCGCCCGUCCGCGCCGCUGCCGCCGCCGCUUCGUCUGCCGGCCUGAGAGCAGGACCAUGGAUGAAAGGUUCAACAAGUGGCUCCUGACGCCGGUGCUCACUCUCCUCUUCGUGGUCAUCAUGUACCAGUACGUGUCCCCCUCCUGCACCAGCUCCUGUGCCAACUUCGGGGAGCAGCCCCGCGCGGGGGAGGCCGGCCAGCUUGCAGCUGCGGGACCCGCCCGCCGGGCACAGCCGCCCCUCGAGGAGUGGGAGCGGCGGCCCCAGCUGCCCCCACCGCCCCGGGGGCCUCCCGAGGGGCCGCGGGGGGUCGCGGCGUCGGAGGACGAAGACGAGGACCCGGGGGACCCCGAGGAGGAAGGGGAGGAGGAGGAAGAGGAGCCGGACCCCGAGGCCCCCGAGAACGGCUCCUUGCUCCGGUUCGUGCCUCGCUUUAACUUCACCCUGAAGGACCUGACCCGCUUCGUGGAUUUCAACAUCAAAGGGCGCGACGUGAUCGUGUUCUUGCACAUCCAGAAGACCGGGGGCACCACGUUCGGCCGGCACCUGGUGAAGAACAUCCGGCUGGAGCAGCCGUGUAGCUGCAAAGCGGGCCAGAAGAAGUGCACCUGCCACCGGCCCGGCAAGAAGGAGACGUGGCUCUUCUCCCGCUUCUCCACCGGCUGGAGCUGCGGGCUGCACGCCGACUGGACGGAGCUCACCAACUGUGUGCCGGCCAUCAUGGAGAAGAAAGACUGUCCCCGCAACCACAGCCACACCAGGAAUUUCUAUUACAUCACAAUGUUGCGGGAUCCAGUGUCGCGUUACCUGAGCGAGUGGAAACACGUCCAGAGAGGGGCCACAUGGAAAACUUCCCUCCACAUGUGUGAUGGGAGAAGUCCCACCCCCGAUGAACUGCCUACCUGCUACCCUGGGGACGACUGGUCUGGGGUCAGCUUGCGGGAGUUCAUGGACUGCAGCUACAACCUGGCCAACAACCGCCAAGUGCGCAUGCUAGCUGACCUCAGCCUGGUGGGCUGCUACAACUUGACUUUCAUGAACGAGAGUGAAAGAAACACCAUCCUCUUGCAGAGCGCGAAAAACAACCUGAAGAACAUGGCCUUCUUUGGGCUCACGGAAUUCCAGAGGAAGACACAGUUUCUCUUUGAGAGGACAUUCAACCUCAAGUUCAUCUCCCCGUUCACGCAGUUCAACAUCACACGGGCUUCCAACGUGGAGAUCAACGAGGGUGCCCGCCAGCGCAUAGAGGAGCUAAACUUCCUGGACAUGCAGCUUUAUGAGUAUGCAAAAGAUCUCUUCCAGCAGCGCUACCACCACACCAAGCAACUGGAGCACCAGAGGCACCGGCAAAAGAGGCGAGAGGAGCGGAGGCUGCAGCGGGAGCACAGGGGCCACCGGUGGCCCAAGGAGGAUGGGAACACAGAGGGGGCAGUCACUGAGGACUACAACAGCCAGGUGGUGAGAUGGUGACCCCCUGCCCUCUUCUCCCUCAGGACGGGGAGGAUGAGCAGGUGCACAGGCCUUCUGUGGUGUUACCUUGGAGAACAUUGGACCAUUCUGAGGACAUCUGGCUGUAUGUUGCUUGAUUUGGAAACCUGCUUCCUCUUUGUCUUCAUCUUUAUCCAGCCAGAGAUGAUCCGUCUUGUUCAUUUUUUCCUGAUGUUUUUAAAUCUAUGAGAUUAAGUAGGGUAGGAAUGCAUCCAAUCUAGGCCACUUUAGAAGGUCAGGGAGAGAGAAGCACCUAGAAGGAAACAGUCCUUGCAAUCUCCUUUGCAGCAGCAUAGGUUAUAUUUGAAGCAACUGGAACCCACAGAGGCACACAUGAAAAGCCAAAGUAUGGCUUGGAUGUUCUGCUGAAACGGGUCUGUUUCAUAAUGUCUCUGUAGUGGAAAUGUUGGUGUAUUUAAAGAGAGAGAAAAAGAAGUCUUUUUCAGCCCUUAGAUGAGGUUUUAUACCAGCCCUCACUUGGCUGUUCGCUCUCAUCUUUGAACUCUAUUGGAAUGUGCUUUCAGUCCUGAGUAGAGUAAUGUGUUUUGUCAUUGCAAUUGUUUUUAAAUGAGAUUACCCUACUAUUGACUAUCACCAGAGACUCACAUCCUUCAAAGCCCCUCAUCUUAGCCCUGAUCCAUGCUUCCUCCUCGAUCUUUCAGGGAAAUGGCUAGUGGAUUCAGGACAGGGGCACCUAUGGCUCCUGAGAAAUGAACACUGGUAGGGGCAUUUAGGAGAAAAUGUGCUUAUUGACUAAUGCUUAAGGAGAUCACACUUUACCACUUUUCAUUUUCAAUGUAAGGAAUGAAUGAUAAAUUAAGGGGAGGAUAACUAUAUGUCUAACAUUUCCAGACCUGCUACAGAACCUUAGUUUUUUAAGGACUAUUUCAUAGUUUUACCUGUUUGGAGCAGUCAUUUUGGGUAUGGUCCUGCCAAGUUUGACAUUCUGCUAUCAUAGAGGAAAAGACGUUUAAAAAGAAUUUGACCUGAAGAAUAGGAGCUUAGCUAGCAUGUAUACAAAACGUAUUAGAGGUCGCUAAAUAGAUAAUAACUCUACUUUAGGCCAAGAGACAUGGAACUCAAUUGGGUAGUCAUCCUAGGAGUUUAGAAAGACUCUCCCUCCCGACAUCUUGACUAUCUCCAGCCUGAUAACGUUUUUCUCCCUACAUGAACUUUGGCUAUUGUGGGACUGCGGCUAUAGCGAGCAAACCAAGCUUGAGUAUGUAAAACAGGACCAAAAAAUGUGCUGUGUUGCCAAGUGUUUCUUAUUUUCACCUUUUUGCAGUCACAGCUACAGUAACACAAAGUUUGUUGAAUAAUACAGGGAGACGUAUGGAAACAGGAAUAGAGAGCCCUAGCCUAGCAUCCAGUAGGAGGAUCAGAGUGGGUAGAAGUAUCACAAAUGCUUGAUCUGAUCAAUCCCUUCAAGGAGCUGCAGGCAAAAUGAGUGAAACCCCUAAAUCAGAUGGAAAAGCCUAUUUCAUUGAUGUCCAACAUGUUUGAUGUUUAAGCCAGCUUUACAUAAGCCACGUCUCAGCCUUUAGAAUACUCUCUUUGGGGUUGAGAGUCGAUCAACCCACAAGCAUUCACGGAGUGCCUGCCUGCACGGAGGGGAGCCCAGUGUCUUCAUCAAAGAGAGAUCUGAAGAAGCGGCUUAGGUACUUCUCUCACUACCCUUGGCCUCGUCUGUGAUGAGAGUGAAGGCAUUAUUGGGGACCUCUCUUGUGCCAGGAACUGUGGGAGGCCCUUUUCAUACCUUAAAUCUAUUCACAACAAGGUAGAUGUUAUUAGUCUCAGUUUCAUAGAUGAGAAAAUGAAACCCACAGGCAGUAGGUAGGUUCCUCUUGGAUUGUAAGCUAGGUCUCACUGACUGCAAAGUGCAAGCUCUUUUUACUUCAUCGUAUUUCCCAUAUGGGAUCAAAACUUCUUGCCAAUCAUGCACGAAGCCAGCUGUUAUUGUCCAGAAGGGUUUAUCUCCAACCCAUCUGAGUGGAACAAGUGUGAAAGCACCAAGCCAGCAGUGACCCAGAGCCAUGCUGCCUUGGGCAAAUCCAGCCCUUUCCAUGUCACUGACCCAACAAUGAGCUGAGAGAUUGAUGACUUUUUAGGCAAUUGUACUUCUUGAGCCACAUAUGAGGGUGAGUUAAAGGGCCAAGUAAAUAUUUCUUGUUGGUUGGUAGAGAUUAAGCUCACAAAAUAUUAGUGUUUCCCUCUCUGAUGAUUUGUUCCUAAGGUGGGGGGAAGGAGAAUUACAGCUGAGAUUAGUAAGCAGCUCGCUCUCUAUCUUCACAUUUCUGUUAGGAUCUAAUGUUCUGCAUAGAAUGGCAGGGCUGCAAAUUAUCCUCCUGCCUGCCACUGUGACACACACACACACACACACACACAUACUAUAACAAUCCAGUGUUUUGUCAUGUGGAAAAUCAAAACAAGUUAGCAAGCAUUCGGAUUGUUUCUUUUAAACUCACUUUAAAUUUUGGCAGGGAAUUCAUGCAUAGCUGAGACUUGGAGACAGGCUCAGCUAGCUUCACACUGUUCCUCAGGCACUUCGGGACUUAUAGCAAAAGGCUUUCCACAGCCUUGCCGCUGAAGGCACCAUGUAUGGUACUCCACUUGAGACCAGAUAUCAGGAUGUUCAGGGGAGAAACUAUCUCUUUGUGUUGGCCUGAGGCCAGUGCUGAGCAAAUUAAAAAGGCCUACACGGGCUUCCUCCCUCAUAUCAUUUCAUUCUAAAGCAGCACGCUUGUCAUAUCCCUGGGGUCCCAUGUUGAUAGAAAUGAAAAGGUAGGGACGCUGUUUGUUCUCCGAAAAUUGACUGCACACCAACAUGCUGAGUGAAGCUUGGGGAAGGGAGACCAACAGAAGUCAUCUGGACCUAAGGAUCUUUGGGAAGUCAGCAGUCUUAAGAUCCCAAACCAAAUCAAUUUCAGAUACAUUAGUGUUAAAA